GUAUUACCACCGCCUUAAUUCUACAACGAAAUGGGUAUCAAGUUCAAAUCCUCGCUGAACAUUGGCCCGGUGAUUCUGAUAUAAAUUAUACAAGUCCUUGGGCGGGUGCAGCUUGGAGGCCGCACUUUUAUCUUGAUAAUAUAAAAAAUGUGGAUAAAUUCGAACGAAUUUCGUUUAAAGCAUUUUGGACCUUGAUGCAUACACCUGAUACUGGUUUAAUGAGUGCAACAAUUUAUGAUUAUAUGGAUAAAAAACCUGAAUUGAGUCAAGAUGGUUGGUUAAAAGAAUUUGUUCCAAAGUUUCGCGUACUGCCUCAAAGAAAACUUCCACCAGGUGUAGAAUUUGGAUUAUCUUAUACGACAAUUACUAUACACGGACCUAGAUAUAUACGCUGGCUUCUUAAGCAAUUUGUGUGUGCUGGCGGUAAAAUUAAAAAGGUCCAUCUUUCUCACAUCAAUGAAUCAUUCGAAGAUGAUGUUGAUAUUGUAGUGAAUUGCACAGGACUCAAUGCACGAACAUUUGGUGGUGUUCAAGAUGAUACUGUGAUUCCUACGAGAGGUCAAACCGUAAUUGUGUGGGCACCCCAUGUUAAGACUAUAUAUUAUCGGUCAAAAGACGGUGAAGUGGUUCUUGGAGGAACUUUAGAAGAAAAUGAUUUAAACGAUAGACCCGAUUCGAAAACUGCCGAAUUAAUUAUUCAACGAUGUAUAGAAUUGUGUCCAGAAUUAACAUUAGGUAAAGGAGUUCAAGCAUUAAAAAUAAUAAGCCACAAUGUUGGACGAAGACCAACUAGAGUCGAUGGUAUUAGACUUGAAAUAGAGACGAUAAAAAAUGAUCAAGGCAAAGAUAUUGUAAUUUGCCAUAAUUAUGGUCAUCAUACAUACGGGUAUUCAUCAAGUUGGGGCUCAUGUCUAGAAGCUUUUGAACUUAUUGAAGCAGCUAUGUCAAACAUAACAAAUGAGCGGAAAAAUGAAAAGUUGAGUUCCAAGUUAUAA